UCCAGCAAGAUUUUCCAAGGUUUUACAUGUGUGAGGGAGAUACCCACAGACAAUAAACAAAAGAUUUCGAAGAUUAAUCGGACUAAAUCGGUGAAGACACAGAACAACAAGGAUUAAUCGGAGAUUAAUUGGAUGAUUAAUUAAAUAAUUGGAGAUCUGAUCAGUUUGGUGAGUUACGAAACAUGGAUUAAUCGGUGAUGGAUCGCGAUUAAUCACCGACUUUUAGAACGGAGAGAUUAUCAGGUUAUAUAUGGUUAUUGUUUGGAAAAUAUAUCAAUUAGUUAACAAAAUAUAGGGACAAAUGACAGAUAAUAUAGCAAGAAAUGAAUGGUUUAAAACAAGAGAAACAUGCGGAGCACAAGAAAAUAAAAAGGAAGUGAGCCAAGAAGGAGACUCAGAAUUGAGAAAGAUUGGUUUGAUGCCUAGCUAGUGGUGACAGAAUGAAGCUUUCGAAAAGGGCUUCCGGGAUGUUCAAGGAUCAAUAUAGCCUCUGGCUAACCACAUUGAGCCGAAAGACUGAACACCGGAACCCUGAAAUCGAAGCUGCUGUCAUCAAAGCCACCAAUCAUGAUGAAUUCUCCGUCGACUACAGGGAUUUGGAGCGUGUUUUCGCGUAUGUACGUGUCUCCCAUGCCAACAUCAAGCCUCUCGUAUGGGCUAUUACCGCGCGAAUGGAGAAAACUCAGAGUUGGGUGGUUGCAUUGAAAGGCCUAAUGCUCAUGCAUGGCAUUUUCUGCUGUAAAGUUCCUGCAGUUCAGCGCAUUGGACGAUUGCCUUUCGAUUUCUCCACCUUCAAAGACCGAAACUCGCGUAAUAAUGAAGUAAUCUGGGGUUAUAAUGAAUUCAUAAGGGCGUAUUACUCAUUUCUUGAUCAGAAAUCUCACUUUAUUUUCCUGCAUGCACAAGAAAAACGAAGAUCAAUGAAGCUCCCGAAGAUUGGAGAGAACCGAAAGCCUAUUCCUUCAUCUAAUGCCACGACGUUGAUGCAAGAUCUUGUUUCGUUAAAAUCAAUGCAAGGCUUACUUGAAUCGUUGUUACAGACCAGACCAGAGACAUACUCUCUGCAUUUUCCGAAGAAGGUAUCUCCAUUGAUUCUUGAAGCCUUGGACUGCAUUGUGAUUGAGAUUUUCGACAUUUACAGCCGAAUACGCAGAGCUACUUCCAUGGUCCUCACCAAAAUCUAUGAAUCUGCUGGGACAGCUGAGGUGACAUUGGCUUUAAAAAUCAUGAGAACAGCUGAGUCACAACAAGAACAGCUCUCUUCCUAUUUCAAUUUUUGUAAAAGUAUGGGAGUGCUCAAUUUUAAGAAUAGCCCAACACUGAAACCAGUCUCUGAAGAUAUUAGAAAGCUGGAACAUAUGUUAGCCAAAUUUGAUCUUGAUCAAAAAAUGAGCAUGUCACUGGUUGUAGCUGAUCAGGAAAACGAUCGGGUAACGAGUGAAUGGCAAGUGUUUGAUGAUUCGGAAGAUAUCACGAGGAGUCAUUUGAAGACGAUAAUAACGAGUGAAUGGCAAGUGUUUGACGAUGAUUAUUCAUCGACAAAUCCUUUUCUAUCAUCAGGGCAGGCUUUCCUGGCAUUAGAGCCUCCUCAAUCAAGAAAAGUUGCAGAUGAGCUUCCAGAUUUGAUUAGUUUUGAUUAGGUAAGGGGACAUGUACUCUGAGAAUCUCUGUAAUCGGCAAAGCAUCACUCGUGCAAUACAAGAAUGGAACCGAUGAAAUUUUACGGCAAGUUUUCCGAUUAGCCGAGGGGUAAUUGUCUAGGAUUGUUUUUUGCCGUAAGCAGGCUUCAUUUUUGUAGUGUACAUAUAAAAACACAAAAGCUUGUAAUGUGCAAAUAUUAGUGCAAAAUUUGCAGAGAUGGAUGAAUAUCAUUAUCCAAGAACAACACCGCAACUAGUCCAAAGUUUUUCAGGGAAACAAUCAUGAAUUUCGA